AUGUCAACAUCGCAGCAGGAGCUCUUAUUAGUGAUGCAGCAGCGCCAGCGCGCUUUAGCGUCUCUCCUCUCGACCGGCCUUCCCACAACCGCUAAUAACAACAACGCCUUUGCGCCCCUUUUCACCACGGGCUGGCCCCCCGCGGGACUUCAACUCCCCUACGCCGCCGCAAACGCCGCUACUAUGAUGAACCUCGCAGCUAAUCAGGUCGCUAUGGUUCCAGACGGCAUCGCAGCAGCGCAGAGCGGGCCGAAUUCUCUCCCGCAGCUUCAGCUCCUUCGCGCGCUGGCUGCGACGCAGAUCGCCAACGCCGCCGUCAGCGUGGCCCCGCAGACUUCGCUUUCGAGCCGCGGAUCGAAGCGUAGCGCUAAGGACGAUAGCAAGCCGCUGCGCCCGCGCAAGCGCGGCCGGCCUUCUUACAAGGACCGCGCCGCCGCGGCUCUUGCGGCGGAGGAAGCGGCGAAGGCGGCGAAAGCGGCGGCGCUGGCGGAGCGCGAUAUGGUUCUCCGGCAGAUCGCCGCGCAAAUGGCGCCGCAAAUGUCGCCGCAAGGGGCGUUGAUGCUUCUGCAGCAACAGAUGGCGUUGCAACAAUUGGGGAUGCUGGGAGCCAACCAGAUCGGUGGAUUUCCCGCCGGAUUGUGCGCUGCGCCGCCGGCGCUCGCUCAUGUGCGCGCCGGAAACAACGGCGUCACCGCCGCCGCGGCCAUGGAUGCUGUUCGACAAGCUAUGCCGGCGGCUGCCGACAAAAUUGCGGAUCGUGUGGCUUCCAGCGGAGCCGCGAGCCGUCAACUCUGCACGUCGGACGUUGAUUUCGCGGGGCUGGACGGUUCUGCGUGGGACCAAUCACGGCUGUUCGCCGUGACGGCGAACGAGACCCAACGGCAGCGCACGGAGGAUGUCGAUACACAUCGAAACACGGACGGCCAUCCGGGUGACGAAAACGAGAGCGACUUUAACGGAGAUGCCUCGAGCUGGCCACGGCGCGGUGGGAAGCAAACGAAGAGUGCCGCGAAUCUUAUGCACGAAUCUUCGCCAAAGCCUCUGGUCCGUGCUGGGGGUUCUUCAGUAACAGAAGACGGUACCCAAGCAGCCGUCGCAGCCGCCGCGCAAGCUGCGACCAAUCACGCUGCGCCAAGUGGCAUCUUCAUGGCGCCGCCACCGUCCAAGAGCGCCGCUGGCCCUGGAGCCAUGCCGGCCCUGGAUUGGAUGUUCUCUAAGGACACGCGCUUCGUGCAACCCGCUCCUAAGGAGGACCUGGAGGAGCAUGCAGAUGAGCACGUGCCUGCCGCCCCUGCUGUACCUGCUGGUCUGGUUGUUUCAUCCGUACCUGCAGUCCCUUCACAGCAGCAGCAGCCGCAGCAGCAGCAGCAGCAGCUGCUGCAGCCCCCUGCUGUUGUGGUGGCAGCUGCAAUGCAGCUCCUAGCCCAGGCUAUGCCAAGUGUGGGAUCCAGGCAAGUGUUGCCUGCUGCUGCUGCUGGUGGUGCAGUGCAAGGCAUGGGUCCUGUUGCUGGUCUGAUGGGCCUGACCAGGUCCAGGAGCAACAUUGAAGCGGUGCUUGCUUAUGUGGAUGCUGAGAUCCAAGCAAGGAACGUGGUUAUACCGAGCUGUGGCAGUAGCGAGGCCACAGAGAGAGUUUGUUCUGCCAGGGGAGGAGAGGCAGAGAAUAAAGGGGUAUUGGGAGGAGCAGCAGAGUGGGGAGAGGAGGUCGGAAGGCGGGAAGAUAGAAGCAGCGAUGCUAGUGAUGAUGAGAAGAUGAGGGAGGGUGGGAGGUUGGCAGAGGAGCGGGGGCAUGGGCAGGGGAGCGAUGAGGUGGGAAGGCAAGCAGAUCGAAGAGUCGUUGAUACAGUGGAUUCCGUUAGGGAAAGGAGAAGGGUGGGAGGUGAUGAUGGAAGGGUGGGAGGUGAUGAUGGAAGGGUGGGAGGUGAUGAUGGAAGGGUGGGAGGUGAUGUGCGUGAGGAUGAAUGGCGAGAGGAAGCUCAGAUGCUUGAAGAGAAGCAUGCAGGGGCGGGAGGGAGAGAGGAGAUUGGGAUGAGGGAACAGAUCAUGGGAGUGGGGGGCGCCAGGGUGAAGAGACCGAGGGAGGUGGCAACGAGGGAUGCGUUGUUUCUGGAAGCAGUAGGGUACGACCUGGCCGUCCGCAGCAACGCAGCUCUCCAUGCCAUGCGCUGCCAUGCUGAUGGCAACCAGUGCGACUGUGAUUGUAACGAGGGCACGGAGUGGAAGCACAGGGGGGACAGCGAGGGCGCAGUGUGGGUGGUUAACCACCGGUGGCUGGAGGACUGUUUGCUCUACUGCCGCCGCGUCCCUGAAGCUCCUUACACCCUCCUCCCGGGCAACGCAGUGGGCCCUCCAUGUCUCUUCCCCGAGCCACCACCACGUGCUCCCUCGUCCAGCGCGGACUCAAGGACCCCACCCCCGCCUCCUCUUCCCCCGGAUGAACCGUCUGCUCUUCCCUUGGUGGCACCGCUGGCUCUUCCCUUAGUGGGCGAUUGCGAGGCAGGCGCAGCAGAGGAAGGGGUGCGGACUGAGGCAGCGACAAGGCAGGAGGAAGGGAAACCGUUUCUCAAGCCACAGGCAGAGCCCGGGGUUCUUGUGGCAAGAGAGAAUGUUAUGGAAGAUGUUGGGAGAGGGUGGGCUGGUGGUGCGGAAAGCAGCGGGGUGAGGGGAAACAGUGGCUCGAUGGCAGGCCCUGCACACGUGGCAGGCACUGCACACGACAGAGGGAGGGAUUUGGUUGGGCGAGGUGUGGGGGCUGGAAUGGCGAGGCGCUUCACUAAGAGCAGCCCCUUUAAGAGGAGGAGGGUGCAGGGUAAGGAGAAUGUUCCAGAGGGGUGUGCAGAGGGGCAUGAAGGGGGUAAGGGUGGUGUGGUGACGCGGAUUGAAGCAGCAGCUUUAGCCGAUGAGAUCAGAGGGCAUGGCGUUGCUACAGCAACAGUGCGCGAGGUGGAAAUUCUCCACCCCUCCACUCCCCCACCUGCGCCCUCGUCCCCCCAUCAAGCUGCCCCAUCCCCGCCCCCACCUUCCCGCAAGGCCUCCCCAUCGCCCUCUCAAACCCCCUCCCUGUCGAAAUGCCUGUAUGAAGGGGUUGGGGAAGAUGGCAUAUGGCCGUCGAUUCAUCUGGGGUCUCCUGUUCCCCUCUCUCUGUUGCCGUCGCAGCCUGUUCCUGAUGUCUCCCAGGUUGCUCCUGAUAGUCCUUUGGUGAAAACAGCAGAGGAGAGAAAGGGGGGACAGGAGGAGAGGAUAGAAGGGACGGACGCGAACGAGAGGGUGCCAGGGGGGGAGGAGAGGAGAGAAACGGAUUCUGGAGGGAGGGAACCAGAGCGCGGGGAGAGAAGAGAAACGGAUGUGGGACAUGUGGAGGAGGAGGAGGAAGAGGAGUUCAUUGAUAGAAUCCCGUUGUCUCCUGACAUUGGGGGGGGUUCUCACUACAGACCCCUUGACUGCACGCUCGGCCAGCUGGCAUCUGAGGAUGCAGGAGGAAACCAAAGGGCCCUGCCAUUGGUCGCUGCUGUUCCUGAGAAUCCUGGAGAGGAAGCUUGUAACGAGGAUGAGGGAUCUGACAGCUCGUUUCAGCAAGCUCGGAUGCUGCUGGCGUCUCUCUGGGGACCAAGAGAAGAGGAGGAAGAUGGGGGGAUGCUGGUGGAUAGGCGGAGAGAGCAGCAGGAGGUGACUUGUGAGUCGGCUGAAAAGGCAUGGAGAAGGGAGGGAGCAGAUGGGGAGUUGCUGGUGGGUACGCGGAGAGAAUACAUGAGGGAACGGGAUGCGAGGCAAGAUGUAGAGAAUGUGGUGCACGAGGGUGUGAGAGAAACUAGUGCGGUUGAAGAGGGUGUGAGGGAAACUAGUGCGGUUGAAGAGGGUGUGAGGGAAACUAGUGCGGUUGAAGAGGGUGUGAGGGGAAAGGGUGUGCAGCAAGAGGGCGAGGAUGUGACACCAAGUGACUUAAGAAAGGAGGAGUUGGCACAGGAGGGCGUAAGGGGAGGGGCAGGAAGGAAAGGCGUUUCUGGAGGAUGGAAUGCGGUUGGUGGCGGUGAUGAGGAAGGGGAUGCAGAAGGCUGUGCUGUAGGAGGGGCGCAUUCACGUGACCUGCCUCGAGAACCCAUCUCAUAUGGUCAAGCAGUGACAUCUGGCAUCUUGGCUGAUGAUGUGGCGGCGCCACCUGGCAGUCCGACACGUGGCGAAGGGCCCAAUGGCGGGAUGACACGUGGCAAGUCCGUUUGGACGCUGGAGGCGUUUCUGGGAAGGACGGUGGACCCUAGAAGACCGUUGAGAACAGCAGAGGUGGGAGUGGGAGAGGUGAGAGAAGCAGCAGAGGGGAGGAUACCGGAGCUGCCUCUCUUGCGAGAGGGGACUAUAACGGACCCAUUUCGGCUUGCCACUGCAUCACAUCCCACCACUCUCUUUGCUCCUUCCUCUGCUCCCCCGGCUGCUGGAUCCUCUGCUGCUCCCUCUGUUCCUCCCGCUGCUCCUCCCGCUGCUCCUCCCGCUGCUCAUCCUCCCACCACCACACCCACUGCUCCUUCCUCUGUCCCCUCUGCUACAGCCACUGCUGCCGCCCCUCUCCCCACCCAUACCACUCACGCCCCUGCUCCCUCCUGCCCGCUCUCUCCCCACCACCACACUCCCCCACGCAUGCCUGCCCGCACACCUCCCAAGUUAAACCGUGCACUGCAAGUUUCUGCUCGCACAUUCCCCAGAACAGUGCCAGACGGGAAUCAGAAUCAGGAUCAGAAGGCAGGCUUUCGCACUCCCACCAAGGCGGUGUUUGAUGGGAGCCUGAAGGCAGUGGGUGCCCGCACGCCGCCCAGGGCAGCGUUUGCGAGUCCCAGUGGGGGGUGUGCGUGCGCCAUCUGCCAGGAGGACACUCCGGCCUCGAGAAUCGGCGUGCUGCCCUGCAUGCACGCCUUCUGCUACACCUGCAUCCACAAGUGGGCUGAGAGCGCAGUGAGUAGGCUUUCUUUUGUCCUCGCCUCCUCGACCUCCUCUCGCGGGCCCCUCUCGCUUUUCCUCGGCCCUCCUCUAAUCGUUUUUGUCUAA